ACUAAACAAACUAGUCAGUAUACAACAAGACUCGAGAAUAGUAUGUCAGGUACUUUUUGUAACACGUCUGAGAAUAUAGUUCAACGUAAUAAAAUAUAUCAUAACGUGAACAUAAGGAUAAGAAAGGCAUGCCUCGAUUGCAAGUUCAGUAAUUCAAGACAGGCAUGCUUUGGUUGCAAUUUAAGUAAUCCGAAUAAAAGAAUCAUAGUGUGGUUGAAAUACAAUUUAUCAUGGAUUCAGAGAAAAAUUCCACUACAAACAUUAUACUGUAGAAGAUGCAAAUAUGUGCUAUGCAAGUUAUGUUUAUAUUGGAAAAUAUGGGUGAGAUAUGUGUCUUGGGUCCUGAUAUCGGAAGAAAGAAAAAACGAUUGAUAAGGAAACUUCGAUAAGAACUUCAGAAAAGUUUUCGUUGAAAACGGAUCUGGAAAAUCUAGGCUUAUCACGUAAACAGGUACAUCAAGGAUUGAUGCAAUUAGCAACAAAACCACAUGUGGUCCUUACACGCCAAUCACUCUACAGGAAAUGUGGGUUAAAAAAUUUAGAAAAUGAGAGAGAAAACAAAAUUGUUGACAAUUGUAGAAUGAUCGAUGUACAAAAAUUAAACAAUAUCGAAUGGAUUGUUGAAGGAAGGAAUAAACAUAUCAAAAAAACGAAUAGCGUAAAAGUAUAUGAAGAUUCAUUAAUAAAAAAUAAUCGAGAAUUCUUCAUACAUGGUUGUAAGGUAGAAAUUCCACUAACAGCAUUCCAUUCCUUUGAUAAAGCUUUAGAACAAUUUGACAAACUUGUUUCUUCAAAAAUGAACAUGCACGAAAAGUUGUCUAAUAGACGAGCUUCUGUUAUUGUAUCGACGGAUUCUAUAAUUAAGUCACAAAACAACACAUUUUCGAGUAAAAAAUAUAAUAAAAAUGAAAAUCACCUUACAUAUAUUGAAGAUAAAAAUUCUCGAAUACAAAAAAUUUCUAAUUUAAUAUCUGAUAAAAUAGAUAGAGUAUCUGCUACUAAAAAAAUUGAUAUAAAAUUAAAUUUAAAAUCUUCUUCUGAUAAAAAAGAAAAUAAUUGUGUAAAAUCAGAAUCAUAUAAAGUAUUAAACACUUAUUAUAUAAAAUCGCAUAUUAAUAAAAAAUUAUGUAAUGAUAAGAAGAUUAUGGAUGUUAAAUUAAAUAAUACAUCAAGCAAAAAUAAUUAUUCGAAAAAAGAAACGAUAGAUUAUAAAAUCGAAGAAAAUGCAAAAAAAAGAACAGUUUAUGAACCAGUAACCUCAGAUUUUACACAACGGAAAAAGAUUCGUACAUCAAUUGAUGAACAUAAAGAAAUCAAUAGAAAAAAGAGAAAAAAAUUAAAAAAGUUUCGAGCAUAUUUCGGAGAUUGUAUAACUAUUAGUGAAGAUGAACAGGAACAAAUUAUUUUACAAAACAGAUUUGAAAGAAAAAGAAAAAAAGAUUCUGCUGAUUCUAGUGAUUCUGGUGUGUAUAUUACUGAUAAAAGUAUGCCUCUACAAAUUAUAAAAGAUAUUCAGAAAACUAUAUCUAAUUCAAUAAUUUGUGGAAAAUUUAACGAAAAUCUAUCUGGAGAAACUAUUGUAAAUGCCAAUAUAGACUAUGAAUCAAAAGUUAUUAAUAAUGAAGAUAUUAAAACAAUUGAUUCAAUUGAAAAUAAAAAAGUAUCAAAGAUCAAACAAGAUAUAUAUGGAAAAAUCAUUGCAAAUGUUAAUACAAAUAAUGAAUCAAAAGAAAUUAUUGACAAAGAAAUUGACAAUAAAAGUACUAAAACUAUUGAUUCAGUAUUGAAGAUCAAGCAAGAUGUAUCUGAAUCAAUACAUCUUGCCAUUGCAAAUGUCAAUAUAAAUAAUGAAUUAAAAGAAGUUUCUGGCAAUGAAACUAUUGAUUCAAUUGAAAGUCUAAUAAAUAUGGAAAUUGAAAACAAUGAAUUACAAAUUAUUCAAACAAAGAAAAACAAUAUAUCUCAAGAAAAAUUAAUUAAUACUGAUAAGGACAAUGUUAUACUAAACAAACAUAGACUAAGUGUUAUACAAAGCAAAGAUAGAUCAAACAAAGAUAUACCUCAAAUAACUAAAGAAAUAGAAGGUAGUGCUUCUUUAAAAAAAGUAGAAAUAAAAACUGGUAAUACAACAUUAUCUUCUGAUAUUUUUUGUUCCACAAAUGAUACAAUAAAUGUAACUGAAGAUUUUUCAGAACUUCAAAAUUAUAAUUUAGAUAUAAAAGAUUUUAAUGAUCUUCUUUAUAUGGAUAUUACUGAAACUUGUCAAAUCACAUCAAAUGGAAAUGUUCUUAGCAUUCAAGAAACUAUUGAAGAAGUUAUAAAUAAAAAUAUUGAUGAAAAUUCAAAUUUAAAAAAUUUAUCCGAAACACAAAUAGAUUGUAACCAAGAUAUUAAAAAAACAAAAUCAAAUUGUAUUGAAGAAAAUAAUAAAGAUUUAAAUAAAAUGCAAUCUUCUGAUACAAUGAUAGAGACAAAUACAAAUGAUAGAAUUAUUUCUAUAAAUAAUAUGAAUAAUGUAUCAAAGAAGGAAAAUGAAUUACCAGUGGCAGAAUUCAAAUUAAAUAUUUUAGAAAAGAAAAACAUUCAAUCCAAUAAUCUAUCUCAGAGUAGAUUAAGAGUUUUAUCAAGUGCAGAAUUAGGUUCUAGAUGGUGUCCUACACCUAUAAACACUGUUAUGUCUAGUGUUCCUCAAUUUUCACAUUCUACUCCUCAUUUCACAAAUACAGCAACUUUAUCAAAUGUUAAUUUGGAUAAUACUAUUGUUGUUUCGACAUCAAUGGCUCAAAUAGUACCUACAACAAUAUCUUUAAUUACUACAUCAGCACCUACAGCAAUUAAUGAAACAACAAUUUCUGAAAAUAUGAGAAAAAAUAAUAUAGAUCACAAAUUUUCAAAAUCUGUUUAUAUUAUUUUCGUGAACAUACGUGACUUAAUUCAAAAAAGACGAAAUACUAAUUUGAAUAUUAAUUAUGAUAAGUUAUUAUUUACAGAAUUCGAAAAUCUAAGAAAAAUAUUGAAUAUAGAAGAUUAUAUUGAUUUAAUUGAUGGAGUUUUAAGUAUACUUAACAAAGAGAUGUUAGUUAUGCCAUUAUUAUCUUUAGGAGAAUUGUUUCAUUAUACGCCACUAAUCGAAUCUUUUUAUAUUUGUUCGUCAAAUAAACGUAAGACUGUAGUAAAUAAUUCUAAUGAAUGUCAAAUUAUAACACCUGUAAUUGUUUCAAGUCAAAUAACAUCAAAUCAAAAUAGAUAUUCUAAUCCACAAGUAUCACAGAAUGUAUGUGUUACAUCUAUGCAUUCUACAUUACAACAUGUAGUUCCUGUUAAUCAAAAUCAAACAUCUACAAAUGUUACUUUAAAACAAUCUUAUCAGAAUUCUCAAGGAAAAGUCAUUUUGCAAUCACAAAACAAUUCAUUUCAAAAUAAUAUGCCAAUAAAUUCUACUGCUAUUAAUAAUCAUAACAUACAUCAACAUAAUUAUAACAUGCAAAUGCACAAAAUUGUUACUCAACAAAAAGUUCCAAAUUCUUAUUUUGUUCAACAGAAACCAGCUACAAAUAUAUAUACUAUGCAAAAUCUUCCUGUACAACAUUCCUCAUUUUCUUUUAAUAUUAAUCAAUUAGGAGACCGACAAAUUUCUUUAUCAAAUCCACAGUUUAUAAAUCAAAAAUAUGUUCCACAAAAUGUUUUUACAUCACAAAAAAAUACAUUUUAUAAUGUAAAUCCAAGUUAUCCUAUACAACAAAAUAUAAAUUCAACACAUUUACAGAAUAUAGUUAUGCCUCCUGUAACUCAGCAAUAUCAAAAUCCAACACAUCAACAAAAUGUUUAUAGUAUAUCACAAGAUAUUCAGUUACAAACUAUUCCACAACAUAUACCAUUAAAUUAUAAUAUACGACAAUCUGUACAGCCUAUAUUUGCAAUGAAUGUAUCAUAUAAUGAACUUAAACAUCGAAAAAUACCACAAAAAAUAUCAAUGGAAGCUUUACAAAAUCAUGUAUCUGAACAAGUAUCGUCAUCUCAGAAACAGCACAAGAAAACGAAAUCUAUUUCAAAGAAGAAAAAUCUGCAAAUUUCAUUAGAAUCGACAACAAAAUUAUUCAAUGUAUUAAAAUAUAUUUCUGAUAUUCAAAAAAUUGUAUUAUUGAAACAAAUAGAUUUCUGCUUUAGUUGUACUACAUGGUUACAACAACAAUUUACGUCAGAACAAUGGCAAAAAAUUAAUUCACAAAGAUGUUUAUUACUUAAUUUUCGAACACGUUUAAAACAUCUGAUAGAAAAAACUGUAAAAGAUUUUCUACCAGAUAAAUCUCAAGGAAAUAUGUUCGAAAAAAAUAUACUCAAAAAUAUUAAAAUUGAUGUUCCAAAAAUGGUGCAAAUUGUAGUAAACGAAAAUGAAGGAAUGUAUUGUCAGGAAGUAACUAAAGCUUACCAAGAACAGAAUAAAAUAAUGAAUGUUAAACAAAAUUGUGUGACACAUCAAGAAAAUUUAACACAAAAUCAAUAUGAAAAAGAACACGAAGCAACUAAUAAUUCACAAAAUAAGGAAGUUUCAAAUGAAAAACAAAAAUUAGAAAUAUCAAAUAAAGAAGUACAAAACAAAACAUUUGGAAAAAGAAUUCUGAUACAGAAAGAUAAUUCUCCAGUUAAGUCAAGUUUACAAAUAUGUGAAACAUCAGAAAUUGUUGUUCAUCAAGAGAAUAAAAUCGAAGAAGAAUCAAAUAAUUCCAAAGAUACAUACAAUUUAAAUAUUAAGGAACAAAAUUUAGGAGUACCAGGAAAAAUAAUCGAAAAUAUUUCUCAAAUAAUUGAAGAAAAAACAUCAGUAUUAUCAAAUAUGAAACUACCUAACAAUGAUAUUCUGCAAUUAAAUCAACAUUUAGUUACUGUUGAAAUAUCUUCUAAUAAUGAUCAAGUAACUGUUAUUGAUACUAAUGCUAGUAAUGAAACUAAAUCAAAGAAUGAAGAAUCUACAGAAGAACUUCAAAAAAAACUUCAAAAAGAACUUCAUAUUUCAUCAUCAUCUUUAGAAAAUACAAGUUACAAUAUAUUAACAAUAUCUUCACCAAAAAUUGCAAAUAAUGUGAAAGAUUUUGAUAAUGAAGAUUUGAAUAACUCUUCAUUGGAAGAAACUAUUACAUCUCACAUUGAAGAUAUUAGAAGUAUUUCAUUAGAAACAUUUGAAAAGAUGGAAGAAACUAAUAAUAUUAUAAGUACAACAGAUGGAAAUAUUGAAGAGGAAGAAAUUAAAAUAUGCUUAUUUUGUGGAAAACCUAGUACUGUAGCAUGUUCUAUUUGUUUAGAAGCUAAGUAUUGUUCUAAAGAGUGUUUUGAACGACAUUGGCAAGAUCAUUAUAAAGAGUGUACACCUGUAAAAAAAAGAGUAUAUAAUUAAAAUUUAAAAUAA